AUGGAGUUCUGGCCAGAGUUCCUCGCGAGCAGCUGGGGCAGGGAGUUCGUCGCGGGAGGGCUCGGGGGCAUGGCCGGCGUCAUCUCCGGCCACCCGCUGGACACGCUUAGAAUCCGCCUCCAGCAACCACACGCUGGAGGUGACGGCGGGAAGGUCUCGGCGACCCGGCUUCUCCGCAACAUCGUGGCCUCCGAGGGGCCUUCUGCGCUGUACAGGGGCAUGACGGCUCCCCUCGCCUCCGUCGCUUUCCAGGUCUCUUUCCAGAGCAAUUCGUUUUCCUAUUUUUCCGUACUCUUAAAAUUUUCGGUCAAGAUUCCUCUGUUCAUCGGUAAAAAUCCUUCAGAAAGCCGUUUUGAUCUUGGGGGUUGGCGAUUUCUUCAGAAGUUUUGUUGGUGGAAUAUUUAUCGAACCUCUUCGUUAUAUAGUGCCUGAAUCACCGGCAUCGGGAUGAUAAAUAAAUAUGCUCCGCGAAUGGGGUACUUUGUGAAGCAAAUUAAUCGUCUGUUCUUGAUUUCUCACUAAAAUAUGUAGAAUUGUUCGGUAAGAACCUUAACAGUGUCGAUUAUAAGAUAAGUAAUGACAAAUGAUCUCCAUAAACGGCAUGUACUUCUUAAAGGUUCAACCAAAAAGAUAUCAAAUGCCUAGUCUUUCUUGAAUCUUUGAACAAUCUAUUUGAUCGUCAACAAAAUCCAAGAUUGCUGAACAGAAGAGUGAUGUGAAGUGGGUUUGUGCAGAAUGCUGUGGUAUUCCAAGUAUAUGCUAUCCUGUCCAGAGCCUUCGACUCCAGAAGUAAUAGAACAAACGAUCCUCCUUCACUGAAGAGUGUGGCUCUCGCCGGAGUAGGCACCGGCGCCCUGCAGAGCCUCCUGCUGAGCCCCGUCGAGCUCAUCAAGAUCCGUCUCCAAUUGCAGAUGACGGUGAGCCAGAACCACCGCGCCGUCCACCGUGGCCCGAUGAGCAUGGCUGGGAGCAUCCUGAGAAAGGGAGGGAUCAGGGGAAUCUAUCAGGGCCUGUCUAUCACCGUCCUCCGAGAUGCUCCCGCCCACGGAGUCUAUUUCUGGACCUACGAGUACACCCGGGAGAUUCUCCACCCGAGCUGUCGGAACACCGGCGAGGAGACCUUGGGAACCAUGCUCUUCGCCGGCGGGACGGCGGGGGUCGCUAGUUGGAUUUGUUGCUACCCGCUGGACGUGAUCAAGUCAAGGCUCCAGGCGCAGUCGCAGUCCCAGAAGGACUUCCCUCCGCCAAAGUACCGCGGCAUUGCCGAUUGCUUCCGCAAGAGCGUCCGCGAGGAGGGCUAUCGCGUCCUCUGGAGGGGGCUGGGGACGGCCGUCACCCGGGCCUUCGUCGUCAACGGUGCAAUCUUCUCCGCCUACGAAUUGGCUCUCCGGUUCCUGGCAAACCACCGGCAGAGAAUCACCAUGGAAGAUAGUUGA